GUUAACCGGGACGCGCCGAAGCUCACCUUUGACGACGUGUCAUAUGUAUUAUAAUCGUUCGUUAAGAAAUGGUAACUUAACUAUCAAAAGGGUAGCCGCGAAUAUAUUGCGCAUUGUUUACUCGUAACUCAUCUAUUCAGUUCGUCGGUCGCUGCGUUCUAUUUGUGCGGCAAACCCUAGUCACUCGUUUGUAUAAGGAUAGAAUGAAUCGAACAAUGGAUGAGAAAGAGGAGCUAGUAAAGAAGUCGCUUUUCAGUUUUGUAAGAAAACAAGUUCCAACUGCUCAAUUGAGUCUGAUAGAUGACAUAGUUCUGAGUUAUGUCGUGAGCAUGGUUGAAGAAAAUGCUUUGGAAGAGGAUUUGGACGUUGAGGGAUUGUGCGAGAUGGUCUCUGCCUGCCUUCCUGAGUUCUCAACAAUUGACAAAGAUGCGGUAUCGAAAUGGCUAUCAGAGAUUGAAAAUGAACUGAGACGAGGAAAUAAAUCUGGUGGGGAUUCUCAACCUCAUGAUCCAUUGAGUCAAAUUAGUUUGACGGCAUUUUUGCCUCCCGAAGCUCAGAGAACGAGGGUACAUCAUCUAUCGGAAACGAGUGAUGCUGGCAGUGAUUCUAGCGGCGAAUAUUUUGCUGAACAGGAAUCAACGUGGCAUCAGGUUGCACUUCUCCAGGAAAUGUUUCCCGGAGCAAGUCCAGCGGAAGCUCGACAUUGUCUGGCUGUUGCUGGUGGUGAUAUUGCAAAGGCAGCUCAACUCGCUUUGCACAGACAAGAGGCUGGACAGAGUCUCGUUGGCAAUCUUACUUUUCUCACACCGAGUGUUCGCAAUAAGGCGCGAGUGAAUGACGAAGAAUUGAAAUCUCGCAUAAUUGCUCGUUAUAGUUACGUGGAUCGUGACAAUGCCGCUCGAGAGCAUCGCCCUGUGGCUCCCAAGACAGAACCAAAAAAAAUGGUUCGCUAUUUGGACAACAAAAUAGUAAGUGUGAAAGGUGAAAGAUAUACGGAAGUGCGACGAGGGGACGACGAUGAGGGGAACGAGGGAGGUAGAAAGAGGGGGCACAGUCGUCCGUAACCAGCCCCUUUGCCUCCCCCCCCUGAUCCACCCCCUUGGAGGCAUCUGAUUUUAUAUCUUACUUGAAUUGAAGCCCUUCUUAGCUGAACUUAAGAGUAUAAUCAACUGACGAUGCUAAAUAAUAAUAAAAAUGGUACAACUUUGUUUUUUCUCUUUUAACAAUUUCUCAACGUGUGUUUGCUAUUUGUUUGAAUAUGAUUGCCUCUGUGUUAAUUUUCAUCGAUAAUCAACCACAGUUUUGUUAUUAUCCAGCAGCUCGACUUAUACUCUUAGACCAAGCUCGCGAUGGCCAUCAGUUAAUUAUCGUUAAUAUAUUAAAAUCGAAAUAGACAUCUCAACUACCAAAAGGAAUGUAGAAAGUGUCAAGAAUAGACCUGCUUUCGAACAACGCUACGUUUCUUUGGCCAUUAUAAACCGAACAAGUUUAUAAGAGCCGUUGACUCGAUCAAAAAACUUAUUCUCUUUUAGUUUCAAACCUCAACUGCGGUAUCUGUGAACCUAAUAAUUCUAAUACAUUUUUGUUGCAACAGAAAUAUUUGAUACAUUCGGCAUUUUCUGUUGUUGUUAUGAUGAUUAUUAUUAUUACUAUUAUUACUAUUACUAUUAUUAGCUAUUAUUACGAUCAUUAUUACUGUCGUUAUAAUCAACAUCAUUGCUGCCAAUAAUCUCAAUUUUUUUCAGAAACUAAUACAGUGUGUGUAGUAUCGAAAGUAAAUAUAGCGUAAUAGAUCGCGAACUUUUCUAUAUUAGCACGCCGUGGCAUAAAGUUUAUCAUUGAUUGCGCUGACAUAAAUCAUGUAUCACGCACAGUAUGAUAUUCGUUGCGCAAUGGCUUCGAAAAGUUGGAAAAAAAAAAAAAAAAAAAACGUACGGCAGCUGCAAAAAUUUGCAACUACCCAUGAUAGGCCAAUCAAUCGGUUGAUCGUGAGUGACAAUUCGAAGCCGCUAAACACAAUAAAUUUAAUCACCUGGUAAUUUAAUCUGCAUCAGCAACAACCGAUUCGAACCGACUUUCUGUUCACUUCAAUACGCUAAGAUCCUACACUCGGAAUAGGGGAGCAUUGGCACCGUCGAUAUAGAGAAUUAUAAAGUACGGUAAAAUAUUUCCCAAUAUUUCACGAACGUCUGUGAUGAUCUGAACUUGCUAAAUAUUCCCAAUUAUUGAAAUCGUUAUUCGUCUUGGAUACCGCUGCAUAAUUACUGCGAGCAUUUUUUUUUUAUUUGCUUUUAUUUUCACUUCAUGAAAAAUUCCACGUGGAAAUUUUUUUUUUUCUUUUAAUUUGUCCAUAGCGAGCAUUUGACGGUUUAUUUUGUGGUAUGCAUUUUAAUACGCAAGGGGGUUGAAUACGCGGUUCCGAGAUACUACCGCGUAUCCAAUAUGGUGCAGUAUACAAUUUGAAGAUGAAAUGACCAAUUUUUUUGUUUUGCUCCUUUUUUCUCUGGCACACAACUCCCGCGACGAACGUAUACAGUUAUAGCGUAUUGUUUAUUAGUUAUGUAAGUCGUAAGAUCAAACCUAGAAAUAUUCUCAAAUAUAGACAGCGGCGGUUUGGUAGUUCUAGCCGCUGAGAAUCAUGAAUUAUAUUAAGUAAUAAGACUUAUAAUUAAAAUUUGCAAAUGACUAAAAUACGCAACAAAAGUAAUCACCCAAUCGAUUAUUUAGUUUUUAGUUUUGUAGUAACUUUUUCUCAUUAGCCUGCAGCGAUUACUAAAAUUUAUCCGGAAGCCAUAAUGCGCUAAUGUGACAUAAAUUUUAGCUGUCUUUGGAUAAUAUUGAAAUUAUUUUUUGUGUUCUAGUCGAUAAAUUAUCGAGUUUAAGCUAUACCAUUCAAUUUUCGAUUAUUAAUUUUAAUUACUUCUUUUCGAUUCUUUUAUUAUGUCGAUCUAAGAAAAUCGUGCCGAUUAUUUUUUACUCUCGCUACUCGACUGUAGAACAUUUUGAAAUAAUGUUGGAGUUUUUCGAAAAUUAUUAUCAGACACGUCCUGCCGAUCGGAUAGUUUUCGUUUCUUUUUUCCUCAUUACAGAUUAUCGGUCGAAAUUUUUCAUAUUCAGUUUUGCGGAAUUAUUUAAGGGCUUAAAAAUCGACAUGAUUUCAAUCAUAAUUAGAAUAUUGGAUUUUUUAACGGAAAUAUGACCUUUUGACUCUCAAGAUAUCGUUCCCAGUGUUUAUUUAUUAGGUAGAUGUACAAUUGACGUUGUAUGACCGAACGUGAAAGUGAUUGAUGAAUUCAAGUUCUGGUGUAGGCAUUAGGUAGGCAAUAAAAUGCGUAUAAUAUAUUUAGGCUGAAUUAUAAAUUUUUUGCUUACCAUGCCACACGUUGUACCAGUAUUACUAUUGUUGUUAUUAAUUAUUAACAAAAAAAAAAAUUUUAAUCUAUAAUAGAACAUCCAUGAUAUGAUGCUCGAUCAAUAAAUAACACAUUGCAUAUUAAACAUUAGAAAUGUGACAAAGCAUCGGAAGUGAUCUAUCUUACGAAAUGCACUUACAGUGAUCUGUAUUCGACAAAUUGAAACACUGCAAUGCAAUGAGAUAUUUUAACCUGCGAUCGUAUUUUUUAUUCUUUUAUUAUAAGUAUCUGUAUUCCUUUUGUAAUUAGGUAUAUUCAAAAAUUAUAUCAAAUUGUUUAUAAAUCGUACGUAUGUUUUUCUUUCGUUAUAGUUGAUCUACUAAAGUGUGUCAAAAUCUGGAAGUGGAUUUUUUACUUAACAAAAAGUAACGAGUCAUAACGUGACAUUCGAGGUCGGAAAUCUUGCAAUCCUGUAGUUAGCAGAAUACUUGAUUACGAAUUUGAUGAUUUCGGAAAGAUUUCCAUUUUUAGAUUUUGCUGCCAUUAGCGCAUCAAAACGUCUUGCAAUGUUUUAAAAGUGUUGCAAUAAGGGCCGGUCCUUGCCAUAACUAAUUAAAUAUUGUGUAUGUGGAAUUUGAAAUGAAAUUCUAGAUAUAAACUGAAUUUGUGAUGAGCUGAAGCGAACGCACUAGCAAAUCAGUUCAAUUAUUAUCAUUAAUCGAUACCGUUUUACCGAACGGUACACGUAAGCAUUUCGAAAAAAAAACAG